GACAGCGGCGUUGGGGAGCCCGAGGUGCUGUUGGACAGCGACGCGGAGGCCGGGGGCUCGCGUGCGCCAGGCUUGGUUGUUGGUGGGUGCUGGCAGGACUGGCUCGCCAAGAGCCGUGAGGAGGUGGAGGGCUUCGGCAAGGAUCAGGUGAGCAGAUUGACCGAAGCAGUGCUGAGCGAAGGCAAGGUCAGAGAUGAGCUGAUCCAGCAGACGGUGACCACACUGCAGCAGCAGGGCGUCACCGGCAAGUCCCUGCUGAAGCUGACACUGGAGAAGCUGAUGCAGGUUCACAUCCUGUGGGGGCCUGCAGAGCUUCUGGCCGAGAAGAUCCGGCUGUUGCAGGAGCCCCAGGACGACUCAAAUGCCACGGCGUUCAUCCAGGAGCUGGUCAAGGCCAAGCCCAAGGACCUCGGCGAAGGCGUGCAGGUCUUCGACCUCAAGGAGUGCCUGUCCGCAAGGCCCUAUGACCUGAGCGGGAGGAAGCUGCUGACGCGGAACACGACGCGCCAGGCCUGGAAGGCCACCUUUGAGCUGAUGAAGAACGGCACGAAGCGCGUGGCCAUGAUGGGAUCCCCGGCAUCGGCAAGAGCAGGUCCCUGGCGCUGGGCCAUUGUCUACGAGGCCCGGGAGGGCCUCAAGGUCUUCAUUUUCACCAACAAGGACGGUGACUGGAAGGCGCAGAGCAUGGCGUUGGAGGACUGGAAGCCAGGUUCCUGCGAGCACCUGCAAGUGGAGCACAACUGGUAUUUGGUGGAUACUUACGGCAAGGAGACCACGGGGAAGCUGCCGGCCAAGACGGUCAAGGCCUGCAGCCCGGACAGAGAGCACUACACAGAUUUUGUGAAGAGCGGUGGGGCUUGUGUGUACGUAGAAGCGUGGAAGAAGGCUGAGCUGGAACUGGCCUAUGUGCAUUUUGCACAGCCUCCGGUCGACAAGGACACGGUGUUGCGCAGGUUUCAGGAUGUUGGAGGCAACCUGCGUGCCCUGUUUCACGACGAUGGAGACCCCUUCUGA